AUGUCGCAACAGAAGCAAAAGUCGCAGGAGUCCAAAUUUGGCAGCAAUUCCCCCUCCCGAUGGCGAGUCCAAGAGAGCCAUCGAGUGGCAAUUGCCUCCUUUUUUGGUGAACUGGUGGCCACCGCCAUGUUCGUCUUUGUGGCCUGCAUGGGUUGUGUUCAAACACCCUUCUUUGGCAAUUCGCACUUCCGGAGCGGUUUGACCUUCGGCCUGGCCAUACUCAUAGCCAUUCAGUGUUUUGGUUCCGUUUCCGGUGCCCAUCUUAACCCGGCCAUCACCCUGGCUGCCUGGAUCUAUGGCGUUAUAGGUUGGUUAAAGGCCAUUGCUUAUCUCAUUGCCCAGGCGGCGGGAGCUCUGAUUGGCUACGGUCUACUGGUGGCCGUUCUGCCCCAGGAUGCCAUCAAGGGUGUGGAUAAUCCCGCCGGGGCUUGUGUCACCGUUUUGGCUCCGGAGAUCAGCGAACUGCAGGGCGUGUUCAUUGAGUUUUUGAUCACCUGCUGCCUGGUUAUGGUGGCCUGUUCGGUCUGGGAUCCGAGAAACAAACGGUUCCAAGACUCGGUGGCCGUGAAAUUCGGUCUAACAGUGUCCUGUCUGAUCCUCACAGCGGGUCUCUUCACGGGCGCCAGCAUGAAUCCAACGAGAUCGCUGGGACCCGCUGUAUGGAACAACUCCUGGGCGGCUCAUUGGGUGUACUGGGUGGGUCCUUUGGUGGCCGGAGCAGUGACCUCGGUGGUCUACAGAAUCUGUUUCAAGGGCGACGAAGAGAUUGAUCUAAGGAACUCCAAUGCCCAGAUCCGGAUGAUCGGAGAAGUGGUGGUCCAAUGAACAUAUUAAUUUAUGCUUUAGCUGUACUGUUAGAAUUUUAAGCGAAAUAAAUAUAUAUACCGAUUGUUCAGGUAAAGAUUGUUAAAUACAAUAAAAUACAAAUAAAAUGUAUAUAUAAAUAUUAACAAAAUGUCACUCAAUAUUAAUUAAUUAUCCCACAAAUGGAUGAACCAUUUUAUUAAAUCAAAAUAAAAGAAAAAUCAUUGCCAUCAGAGACAGGUCCUAUUAUAUUACAGUUUGAAUAUUAAAAAUAAAAAAUAAUAAAUAAAAAAUAGAAGAGCAAAAAGAGAAAGAAGAGUAAUUCAUUUAAAAGAAAUUUUAAGAA